GGCGGCGCUUCGGCCGAAGAGCAGGAGGAGGAGCGCAGAGGCGCAGCGGUAUUUAUCGCGUUCUCGGGGUUAAAGUCGCGGCUAUUCCUCUGCAUACGGACGGACACGACAGCAGGAAGACAUUUCCGCUUAUUCCUGUGGAUAAAUCGACCGCUAGUUAAUAUAACAACGCCUGUAAACAAGCGCUAUCGGCGGACUGAUUCGCACCUGCCGCGGAGGCAUGGACAACAAAGACUGAAGCCAGCGCUGCUCCCCGGGCUGCGGAGAACCGAGCCGGGCUGCGCAGAACCGAGCCGGGCUGCGGAGAACCGAGCCGGGCUGCCUCCGGCCCCUUAAAGAAAUACAGUUUUCCUUAAAACUCGGUAGCAGAAUCUGCUGGUUAACAGCCCUUGUUUAUAGGCCGAGCCGAGCCCGAACCUCUCGGUUUAUUUAUAGUAGCGCUUGCUUGUUUUUUUUCUCCUCAAUCAUUAAAUCUUAAAUGGUUAUAAAUGAUAGAUAUUAGCCCAGGUGAAUAACAAGGCCUCCGUAGUUGUGUUUUUUUUUUUUUUUAAUGAACAUUGCUUACUAGGACCAGUUUGACGGGAUAGUGAAUUCAAUGGUUCUGUUAUAAAAUAAAAUACAAAUAAAUAGAAAUAUGUGGGUCAUUCCCGAAGAUGUGUUGCUGGCGGGAGCGCUGUGGAUCACCGAGAGAGCGAAUCCGUACUUCAUCCUCCAGAGACGGAAAGGCCACGGGGAUGGAGGCGGCGGACUGGCCGGUUUGCUUGUUGGGACUUUGGAUGUCGUUCUGGACUCGAGUGCUCGGAUGGCUCCUUAUCGGAUCCUCUACCAGACCCCAGACUCUUUAGUCUACUGGAUCAUCGCUCACGGAACGUCUCGGAAAGAGAUCACGGAGCACUGGGAGUGGCUCGAACACAACCUGCUGCAGACUCUGUCCAUCUUCGAGAACGAGAACGACAUUACCACCUUUGUGAAAGGAAAAGUGCAGGGGAUAAUCGCAGAGUUCAACAAGAAUCAUGACGUCAAAGAGGACGACGACACGGACAAAUUUAAGGAGGCGAGUUUGAAGUUUCGAAAACUGUUCGGGAUGCCAGAUGAAGAGAAGCUGGUCAACUAUUACUCCUGCAGCUACUGGAAGGGGAAGGUUCCCCGGCAGGGAUGGCUUUACCUCAGCAUCAACCACCUCUGCUUCUACUCAUAUUUACUGGGAAAAGAAGCCAAACUGGUGGUCCGCUGGGCUGACAUCACCCAGCUGGAGAAGAGCGCCACCCUUCUCCUGCCCGAUGUCAUCAAGGUGAGCACUCGCAGCAACGAGCACCUCUUCUCUGUCUUCCUAAACAUCAACGAGACCUUCAAACUGGCGGAGCAGCUGGCCAACAUCGCCAUGCGGCGGCUGCUGGACAACAAAGGCUUCGAACUGGACCGCUCGCUGCCCAAGCUGAAGAAGAAGUCGCCCAAGAAGGUGUCGGCACUGAAGAGAGAUCUGGACGCGAGAGCAAAGAGCGAGCGUUACCGGGCGCUCUUCCGUCUGCCCAAAGACGAAAAACUGGAUGGACACACAGACUGCACGCUGUGGACGCCGUUUAACAAGAUGCACAUCCUGGGCCAGAUGUUUGUGUCCACCAACUACAUCUGCUUCACCAGCAAGGAGGAGACGCUGUGCAGCCUCAUCAUCCCCCUGCGUGAGGUGACCAUCGUGGAGAAGGCAGACAGCUCCAACGUUCUGCCUAGCCCGCUCUCCAUCAGCACCAAGAAUCGCAUGACUUUUCUGUUUGCCAACUUGAAAGACAGAGACUUCCUGGUACAGAGGAUCUCCGACUUUCUGCAGCAAACCACCUCCAAGAUUUACCUGGAAAAGGAGCUGAACAGCAGCCUGAACAGCUCAGAUGACGAGGUUUACUCCCAUCCCGGCUCCCUGCUGUCCUGCAGUCCGCAGCAAAGUCUGGCCUCAGACGUCGAGCGCACCUUCAACCUGAACGACAACAGCGUGCCGACAACCUCAGAGGCCCUCAUGACCAUGUACCGCCGCCGCUCACCUGAGGAGUUUAACCCCAAACUGGCAAAGGAGUUCCUGAAGGAGCAGGCGUGGAAGAACCACUUCACGGAGUUCGGCGAGGGGGUGUGCAUGUACCGCACGGAGAAGACGAAGGAGCUUGUCCUCAAAGGCAUCCCCGAGAGCAUGAGGGGAGAGCUGUGGCUGCUGUUUUCAGGGGCGAUCAACGAGAUGACGACUCACCCCGGUUACUACGAAGACCUGGUGGAGAAAUCGAUGGGGAAGUACAACCUGGCCACCGAGGAGAUCGAGAGGGACCUGCACCGCUCACUGCCGGAGCACCCGGCCUUCCAGAACGAGAUGGGCAUCGCCGCACUGCGCAGGGUCCUGACCGCCUACGCUUUCAGGAACCCUAACAUCGGAUACUGUCAGGCCAUGAACAUCGUCACGUCCGUGUUGCUGCUUUACGCUAAAGAAGAAGAAGCUUUCUGGCUCCUCGUGGCUCUCUGCGAGAGGAUGCUGCCUGACUACUACAACACAAGAGUAGUGGGAGCCCUGGUUGAUCAGGGAGUGUUCGAGGAGCUCGCCCGCGAGUACGUGCCACAGCUUUACGACUGCAUGCAGGACCUGGGCGUCAUAUCCACCAUCUCUCUCUCCUGGUUCCUCACCCUCUUCCUGUCUGUCAUGCCGUUCGAGAGCGCCGUGGUGGUGGUCGACUGUUUCUUCUACGACGGCAUCAAGGUCAUCUUUCAGCUGGCGCUCUCCGUUCUGCACGCCAGCAUCCACCAGCUACUGGGCUGCAAGGACGACGGAGAGGCCAUGACAGUCCUGGGCAGGUACCUGGACAGUGUGACCAAUAAGGACAGCACCCUCCCUCCCAUCCCUCACCUUCACUCUCUGCUCACUGAUAACGGAGAACCACAUCCAGAGGUGGACAUCUUCAAACUGGUCCGCAGCUCCUAUGAGAAAUUCGGCUCGAUCCGCGCAGACGUGAUUGAACAGAUGCGCUUCAAACAGAGACUGAGGGUCAUUCAGACCAUUGAGGACACAACCAAACGCAACGUGGUUCGAACUAUUGUGACAGAGACGGCUUUCAGUAUUGAUGAGUUGGAGGAGCUUUAUGUGCUCUUCAAGGCAGAGCACCUGAGCAGCUGUUACUGGGGCAGCAGCAGUAACCCCACCGAGCACCACGACCCCAGCCUGCCGUACCUGGAGCAGUACCGCAUCGACGUGGAGCUGUUCAAGGGCCUGUUCGCCCUGCUGUUCCCCUGGGCCAACGGAGCCCACUCCGACCCGCUGGCGGUGCGUUUCUUCCGUCUGCUGGACGAAAACGGAGACGCCCUCCUCAACUUCCGAGACUUCAUCAACGGCCUGGGUGUUUUGUGUCAUGGGGAUCUAACGGAGAAGCUGAAGCUCCUCUACAAGAUGCACAUCUUACCUGAGAUCACUCAUGAGCAAGAAGAGCCCGACUCGGCCUUCGAAGCCACUCAGUACUUCUUCGAAGACAUCACCCCAGAAACAUCCAUCAGUCGGGACCCAAAGGGUCGAGGCGAGAAGGAUGAUGGCUUCGUCAGAGUUACGUUCAAGACUGAAAAAGUGAAGAAACUGAACACUCCUGAUUACCGUCAUUACCUGAAACUGUGGAACGAGGAGACGAAGCCCAAACGAGAAAGCACAAAGGACCUUCCAAAGCUGAACCAGAGUCAGUUCAUUGAGCUUUGUAAGACGCUCUACAGCAUGUUCAGUGAGGAUGUAGCUGAGCAGGAGCUUUAUCACGCCACUGCAACCGUCACCAGUCUGCUGCUGGAAAUGGGAGAAGUGGGGAAGCUCUUCACUUCCAGCGGCCGGAAGGACCCCAGCCAGGAGACGGAUUCAGAGUCGAGUUUGUGCAGGAGAGACUUGGUGGAUCUCAAAUUCACCCAAGACCCUCCGGAUCUGGGAGAUGUUUUCAUCCCGGCGGAGCUGGAGGACAAGCCGAGCCCCAGCGAGGACGACAAGCGGCAGGAUGUGAGCGAGGAGCUGGCGCCCAUGCAGGACAUCAAGCUGGAAGACUCGUCCCCUAAGGAGACGGGGACGUCGUCCGCCAUGCUCAUCUCCGACGACGAAACAAAAGACGACACGUCCAUGUCGUCGUACUCGGUGCUGAGCGCCGGCUCCCACGAGCUGGACGAGAAGCUGCAGUGCGAAGAUAUCGCCGACGACACGGUGCUGGUGCGCAGCGACGAGCGGCCCUCGGAGCGCGAACGGAGGGGGAUUCCCAACGGCGGCGGCCUGCCGCACAGCACCAGCAUCGACAAAGACUGGGCCAUCACCUUCGAGCAGUUCCUGGCCUCCGUCCUCACCGAGCAGGCUCUGGUGCGGUACUUCGAGAAGCCGGUGGACGUGGCGGCACGCAUCACCAACGCCAAGAACGUGCGGAAAGUCGGGCGCCCCCUGCUGUCCACAAGUGACUAUGAGAUCUCUCUCUCUGGCUGAAGGACUAAAGUGGUUCUGAAGAGUUUCUGUAACAUUUUCUAGGAUUAUGGAGGAAAUUGUACAAGUGUAUAUGUGAAAGAAUGUGACCAAAACUGCUUCUAAUGACGUAUUUUACCAGAAAUUUAAAACCUACUAUGUAAAUCAAUAGAUCUUGUCGUCUGAAGAGAAGACUGCACUGCAAAAAUACAAACUCUUACCAAGUAUUUUAGGUCCAAUUCCUAGUGCAAAUAUAUCAGUUUUGUUUUAU